UGAAUGGCGUUCCCCAAGCUGCCCCCUCACUGCGGCUCAGUGCUGUCAGUAGUGGACAUGCACACGGGUGGAGAACCGCUGCGCAUCAUCCUGAGUGGCUUUCCAGAGGUACAGGGCGACACCAUCCUUGCCAAACGCCGUUAUGUGAGAGAGCAUCUGGAUCAUCUUCGCAAGGUCUUGAUGUUGGAGCCUCGUGGACACAAUGAUAUGUAUGGAGCCCUCCUGGUCAAAAGUGAGUUAGCAGAAGCUGAUCUGGGCGUUUUGUUUCUGCAUAAUGAAGGUUACAGCACCAUGUGUGGCCACGCUGUCAUUGCGCUCGGACGCUUCGCUGUGGAUUAUGGUCUGGUUAAAGAGCCCACUUCACCAGAGACGCAGAUAAACAUACACUGCCCCUGUGGCUUGGUGAAGGCCUUUACGCAAUAUGCUGAUGGGAAAACUGGAGCUGUCAGGUUUCACAGUGUGCCCGCAUUCGCUUUCGCUACAGAUGUGAGUGUCUCUGUAGAGGGAUACGGGACCGUCACUGUGGACAUCAGUUAUGGUGGAGCUCUUUAUGCUUUUGUGAGUGCUGAGAAGUUUGGAUUGGAUGUCAACAAGUCCAAAACUAGAGAUUUGGUGGAUGCAGCCACUGCUGUGAGCGAGGCUGUCAAAUCUCAGGUGAAACUGUAUCAUCCAGUCAGCGAAGAUCUGGCCUUCCUCUAUGGUACAAUCCUUACAGACGGCAAAGAUGCCUUUUCCGAAGAGCCCACAGCCAAUAUGUGUGUGUUUGCUGAUGCACAGGUGGACAGAAGCCCUACAGGUUCAGGGGUCACUGCUCGUGUAGCUCUUCAGUACCAUAAAGGCCUGAUCAGACUGAACCAGACCAGAAGCUUCCAGAGCGGAGCUACAGGAUCAGUGUUUACAGGAACAGCAAUAGAGGAGACCACAUGUGGAGAUUUCAAGGCUGUGGUAGUGGAGGUCAAAGGUCAUGCCCACUACAGCGGUGUGGCCACUUUCACCCAGGAGAGCGACGACCCUCUGAGUGGAGGAUUCCUUCUGCGCUGAAUCAGUGGAUUUGCGGUUUACAACAUGCAUUUCUUCUGGUCGCUGUCCCUUUAUUAAUCCAGGGUGGCCACAGCGGAAUGAACCGCCAACUUAUCCAGCAUACACAGCGGAUGCCCUUCCAGCUGCAACCUAUCACUGGGAAACAUCCAUACACACUCAUUCACAUACAUACACUACGGACAAUUUAGCUUAGUCAAUUCACCCAUACCACAUGUUUUUUGACUUGUGGGGGAAACCAGAGCACCCGGAGGAAACCCACGUGAACACGGGGAGAACAUGCAAACUCCACACAGAAACCCCAACUGACUACACCCGUUGUGCAUAAGUAAUUUUUGAUUGGCUAAAUAGGUCUUUCCUUUCUCUUUAGUGCUUUCUUCUCUGUUUUACUGAUACCUAACAUAUUUCCUAGCAUGUCAUCAAGGCAUCAUCUGGCUGCUCUUUUCUUAUUUCACAUUUUAGUAAGCUAUGUAUUGUGACAGAAUGACAAGUUUUACAAUUAAAUCUGUAUAACAAUUAUAAAUGUACUUUUCUUGUAAUUUUACUGGAUGUUGCAUCUUGGAAAUGAAGAAUUGGGACUGUGCCAGUUAUUCUGUUUCCACCAUGUCAAUAAAACAAUAUUUCAUA